UCCCCGAGGCGCCCGGGUAGGGCCGCAUUUAAGGGGAGGCGUCGUAGCGCGGGAGCCUGGUCACUGUAGCUGCCACCAUGCCCGUCAAAGGAGGCACCAAGUGCAUCAAGUACCUGCUCUUCGGCUUCAACUUCAUCUUCUGGCUUGCAGGAACAGCGGUGCUUGCAGUUGGACUAUGGCUUCACUUUGAUUCACAGACCAAAAGUGUCUUUGAACUGGAAUCUGACACAAAGUUUUACACAGGUGUUUACAUCCUUAUUGGAGCUGGUGCCCUUAUGAUGCUGGUUGGUUUCUUGGGAUGCUGUGGUGCAUCACAGGAAUCUCAGUGUAUGCUUGGCCUGUUCUUCUUCUUCCUUUUUGUGAUUUUUGCCCUUGAAAUUGCUGCUGGGAUCUGGGGAUUUUCAAAUAAAGAAAAGAUUAUUGAUGAGUUAAAGGAGUUCUACAUGGAUACCUACAGAAAGAGAACUCAGACAAGUGCCAGAGACACCCUGAAAGCAUUUCAGUUCACUCUAAACUGCUGUGGCCUUAAUGGAGCUGUGGAGCCGCAGUACAUGGACACCUGUCCAGCAAAGACACUGUCUGAGUCAUUCUCUAUCAAGUCCUGCCCUGAUGCCAUUGAUGAUGUCUUCAAAUCCAAAUUCAACGUCAUUGGAGCAGUUGGCCUUGGCAUUGCUGUAAUGAUGAUUGUUGGCAUGAUAUUCAGUAUGGUUCUGUGCUGUGCCAUCCGCAGGGAAAGAGAGAUGGUCUAAGAGCUGCAAACCCAAGAUUCCUGCACUAUAAAAAUCCUCACCAUUAACUUUCAUGUUCUGAGAGCAUUUCUAAAACGUUAUAUAUUUGUUACCUUUUUAAUGCUUUAUUUGGUCCUGAUGUAGGUUUGCUUUUUAUGUUACAGGUUAAAACGAUAAAGGUUUAUCUGACUCAAGACAAACAUUGUACAUAAAAUAUCUGACUUUCUUGAAACUUACAUAAUUUGGAUGUAAUUUAUGUGGAGACAAUUUGAUACUUAAUAAAGAGUAAGAUGUAUUGUUUGUGGGGGAGAGGAAA